ACCAAGAUGGCGGCUGCGGGAGCGACCAGAGCUUUUGAAAAUCCACCAAAUCGGAUGUUUAUCUGCGGCUCACGGGAUGCACAGUGACUCAGAGGAGGAGAGCUUCGUAUCCCGACUGUCAUGACUCCAUAUGCCCUCACAACACCGCUGUCUCCUGGAUAUCCAAGCUGUUUUAGCCCGUUUUGCUAUCUGACAUUGUGAAUACAUUAGUUAGCAGUUAGCAUCUGAGCAGCGCUAACGACCACUUAGCAUCAACAACAAGCCCACUGGAGAGCACUUUUUAGCCGAAACUGGGAUUUUUAUACAAUUUACACACACAUAAGAGCAGCGUGGCAUCCUGACUGGAUAUGGAGUGGAGUUGCCUUCAGACUGGAUGACACCGUCUAUAGAACAGGACCAUUUUCCUGCACAAAACUUUCAACUUUUGACCACAAACUUGCACCAAAUAAACUGCCUGCUCACUACUCCAACCGCCUCUUCCUCUUCCCCUCCUCCUCCCUUUCUCUCUACCCUCAAAUUCUCUCCUCUUUUUACUUCUUAUUUCUGUGUUUUUAACCGGACGUCUUCAUAAAUCUUGACUAAACUCUUGGAUGACCAUGAGCUGGCUGAGCAGGCUGAACCCGCGUGGUCCCGGGGCUCGAACCGGGCGAAACGCUGCCCCCUCUGGCCACUGCAUCGCUGACCCGGAGACCUGCCUCAUGGUGUUUCAGAAUCACUGGAGACAGGUGUCCUGGAUCUUGGAGCAGCGUGAGCCCUCCUCUUCCAGCGAUGAUCUGACUGCAGUGAGGAACCACACAGACCAGAUGCUCUGUCUGUUGGCAGAGGAGCGCCCAGGUGAGAGUCCAGACCUGGGCGACUCUGUGUCUCCUAUGGGCCCCAUCUUGGAGCUGGUGGUGACUGAGAACGUUCUGGAGAGAGUGGUGCAGUGGCACAUUCGACGUGGUCUGGACCUGGACAGCCAGGGGGCGCUGCUGAAGCUGUUUGAGAUGCUGAUCGGCCAGUCCCAUCAGCCCCUGCUGCAGCACACUGCGGUGCUCCACCCUCUGCUCCGGCUCCUGGGGGCCUGUGGGGACACUGAGCUGGGCUGUCCUGCUGCGCUGGAGAACAGCCUGGUGCUGUUACUCAACCAGGUGUGUGUGACCAUGGCCCGUCAGCCCGUGGUCCUGGAGCUUCUGUUCAGAGCAGCUCCAGCUCAGCACGGCUCCACAAACCUCCUGAUCUUCUCUCUGCUGGUGCCCUUCAUCCACCGAGACGGAGCUCUGGGGCAGCAGGCCAGGGACGCGCUGCUGCUGGUGAUGGCUGCCUCUGCCUCUCAUGAAGCUGUGGCCCGGUACAUCUCAGAGAACUCCUACUUCUGUCCGGUGCUGGCCACAGGUCUCAGUGCGCUCUACUCGUCUUUGCCCAGAAAGAUUGACGUUCGUGGGGACGACUGGCACGCACUGAGGAGGGAGGACUGGAUGGGCGUGUCUUCUUUGGUUCUCUUCAUGAAUUCUCUGGAAUUUUGUAACGCUGUGGUCCAAGUCUCUCACCCUCUGGUCCGAACUCAGCUCCUCGACUACCUCCACAAUGGCUUCCUGGUGCCAGUGAUGGGCCCCGCACUCCAUAAGUCCUCUGUGGAUGAGAUGAUUGCGAGCACAGCAUACCUGGACCUGUUUCUGCGCUCUGUGUCGGAGACCUCUCUCCUCAGGACCUUCCUCCGGUUCAUCCUCCUCCAUCGCCAUGACAACGACACCAUCUUAGACACUCUUCUCACACGCAUCAGCAGCAACUCCAGGCUCUGCAUGGUGUCUCUGAGCCUGUUCAGGACUCUUCUGUCUCUCCAUUGUGAAGACGUGAUGCUGCAGCUCGUUCUCAGGUAUCUGCUGCCCUGCACUCAUGUGAUGCUGAGCCAGCGCAGAGCCAUCAGAGAGACCGACCUCUACGGGAAAUCUGCCAACAAGUUCCUUUCCCUGAUCCCCGAGUGCUGCCGACAGAGCACAGCGCCCUCUACGGACCGGGAGGAUGACACUGCUUUCUGGGGAAAAGCGCUCUCCAGCCCCUCCACCGAAUCGCCGGCCCCUCACCGCCCCAGCACGCCGUCCCGCCUCUCCUUUUUCAUGAGACAACAGAGCGCCGGGACCGCCCCCUCCCCCGGCGCCACCCAAUCCACUCCACCCGCCACGGAACACCCACUCUCCCCCGAGGGCACCCCAAACCCCCAACAGAACCUCACCGAAUGCCUGGAAUGGGACUGUGGAUACCUGGAGUACCUCAAAGAUGCCCGGAAAAGCGUGGAAUUCUGCUCCUGGGCUUGUCGAAACUGGUCCGCCCCUUACGACGGCGAAAACCCCUCCCCUAACUCUGCCCCCUUGCCGCCUCCCCCGCCCACUUCCAAUCCAUCGAUGACCAUGUUUCCUGAGCACUUUUCCGUGCAAGGUAAUAGUAGUUCUAAUACGCCUCCGAAUCAAAGGCCGGCGAUCGUAGCGGCUGCCAGAUCCGAGUGGAGUAGUUCGGAACGAGACAGCGGCGAAUGGGACGUUACGAUCGGGAAAAAUAACUGCAUAAGCUUAACACCGAGAUCGAAAAAACGUAGCCUGCAGCGCGAAGAACUUUUACCAAAACCCGUCCCCCCUUUGGUACCAUCUUCUGCGACUUCAACGACAAAUUUAACAACUUCGCACACAUCUCCUGCUUCCCAUAACCAGUCUACCACCAUUACCGUAACCUACAAACCCUUGCUCAACGGCACGGCGGCGCAAAACGACAGCCAAGAUAGAGAUUUAGAAGUUAAAAAGGUGAAAAGAGACUUGGAUGAGCAGCAAUACCUGGACGAAAACGCCAAUCAGAAUGGGUCCGUUUUGAAAUGCACGCCGCAGAGUUGUAAUAUUUUUAGUAACGAUUUAAGCGAAGGGACAAGCAGUAGUUCGAUCGUAACGCAGGAGCUGGAAGACAGUAACCAGUCCGUUGAAAGUUUGAUAGACGAGUUACUGGAGCAGGCGCCGGAAGAUUCAAAGUCUCCCAUGGAAUCGAACGGGCAGGGGAUCAGCAUCGAGGCGUUCACGCAGGAGCUGAGGGAGCUGGAGGAUAGAGUGAAGGAGAGGGUGAGGGAAGUGUGUCAACAAGAAGAACCGAAUAAAGAGGAGAGGCAGACGCAGCAGCAGCACCCCCUGGAGGACGAGACGGGGAUGACGGGAGGAGAGGAGGGGAGAGGAGAAAGCGCUGCGAUGGCUCUGUGCAGUCCUGCGAGACCUAUGAACCAGCCUGCAGCUCAGCCAUACACAGGUCCGUUCAUGGUGGUGCUCUUCUCAAAGCUGGAGAACAUGCUGCAGAACUCUCUGUACGUGAACAUCUUGCUCACGGGCAUCGUGGCUCAGCUGGCGUCGUACCCUCAACCUCUGCUCCGCUCCUUCCUCCUCAACACAAACAUGGUCUUCCAGCCGAGUGUCAAGUCUCUCAUACAGGUGUUGGGUUCUGUGAAGAAUCGCAUUGAGGCGUUUGCUGCGUCUCAUGAGGACUUCCCUGUGAUGCUGAGGAAGGCGCAGCAGUACCUGGUGUUCAGAGGCCGAGUGGACUGGAGCGACCUGUCCUCUGUGCCUCCGCUCCGCAGAUCUGACUCUCUGGUGAAGAGCCGUAAACCCUCUCUGGGCGACCUCAUCCUUCGCCACACAAACAGCCCCACCCGCGCCCGCCACGCCGCCCAGAUCGCCCUCGCCCACGUACGGGACGGUGGCCAGUCCCUGCACAGCGCCCUCUUCAGGAGCACGGGAGGGGGAGCGGCGGGGGGGCUGGAGAAGCAAGCCGAAGCGCUCCGAGUGAAGAACGCAGUCUACUCCGCCGUCAUCUUCUGUGAGUUUCUGAAGGAGCUGGCUGCCCUGGCUCAAGAGCACGCAGUCACUUUGCCGUUCGCCAACACCCUAAGCCCGGAAGAAUAGGAACUGAACUCGCAACUUUUCACAACGCACUGAUGAAGCAUUGACUUGGGUAGGUUUUGUACAUUGAACUGGAAAAUGUCCUCCACAGUGCAAUGAUUUUGUGAAUAUGAUGUAUUAUAAUGACAGAGUAUCACUGUAAAAAACAUGAUAUGUGGAAUAGUGAAGAAAGCCACAUACGGACACUUAGGUGCACACUGAUGCUGGUGCUAAGUUUAAGUUUUUUAGAGUGACAGAAAUCAGUGUUUAUUCUUUACAAAUUACACAAACCAAAUUAUAAUCAAAAUCAGGCAGGAAAUCAAAUGUCGGUAGAGGUCUGCUACAUGCACAUGGAUUAGUGUCACUAUACUCAAAUUUCAAACUCUAUUUCGAUACAAAAGAAGAGACUCAAUACACAAUACCGAUUUUGUUAACCAAGUCAAAGCUCUUUUUUAGACAGUAUUGUCAUUUUCAACACGAUAUAGUAUUUGUUUACUAUACCAUGUGAUUGAGUUGUGAAGUAGAUUAAUGAUUUGAAAUUGUGAAAAAAUACAAACCCAUGUACAUGUAGCCACAACCUUAAAUUUGCUCAUUAUAAGUUAGCGUAUUAUCUUAACCUCAUUUCUGUUUAAAUAAGAAACAAACACAGCUGCCGUUCAACCAUUUUUUAAUUUUUAUUUUGAAGGGAUUCGUCUGGAAAUUCAUUCAUUGCGAUUCAUUUCAUCGUACAUUUUUGCACCAUUUUCUCGACAUAUCAUCUUCAUAUCAGAGUGAACGAACCGUUUGCGUAAAAGGCCAUAAGACACGACGCAUAGUUUUUUCCUGAACAAUUUAAAGGGAUUUGAAAUUUUGGGGGAAAUUGUUUAACUAAAACUGACCAGUCUUCAAAAGGCAUUUACAUACAUAUGAUUUUUUUUUUUUAUAUCUCUUUAAGGGGCAAAAGCUAAAUUCUCUUUGCUGCUAAUUUGAAAAACACUAAUAUUUUUGCCAUUAUAAGCUUCUUCAUUUCAUUUGAAAUCAAGUAUAAAACCUUCUUCAGACCUUGCAUUGAAAUCUAGAUAAGGAUAUUAUUAAAGUGCACUACGUCACUUUACCAUUGGAACACAUGGCAAGUAAAGUAGUGCAUUAUCAAGUUACAGGUCAGAUCUGUGGAAAAGUUAUCCUAAUAACCAAACUAAUACUUAUAUUUUUUUGCAAUAAAGACGUCUUAAAGCCAAUAAAUGCAAGAUGGAUGCCUUUAAUACCAAUCUGUGGAACAUUUAAGGCAAACAAAAUGUAAUCUCCCUGGAUCUUACCAUCCUAAAAUCAUAAAGGCGUAGUGGAUGUCAGUUUGUCUUGUAGUCACAAGGUAAAUUGUGGACGUACUGUGGACAAACUUGUGGAUGUAAUCUGUAACACAUGAUACACUGUCUUUAACUGUCACUUGAUUUUGAAAUGAUUUAAAGUGUCCGUAUUACACUAUUUUCUGAUCUAUGUUAUAAUGUAAUGUUAUAAUCAAAAUAUACUGGAGUUGUGUUUUGUUUCAUUCAUAUUAACACACAAACCCUGCAUAUUUAGGCGAGUAAGUUCUUCUCUCAAACAGAAAACACUCUGUUCCACCUUGUGAUGUCAUGUGGUAAUGCACCAAGUAGGGUUCGACCGAUAUAUCGAUAUGGGCACAUAUCAGCUAUCUCCCUAAAUCUUGCCGAUGUGGACUGAUAGUUCAUGUGGGCUUGUUAUACCUUGUUAUAAAGCUUAGACUCUUUAUAUAAUGUCCAUUUAAUCCAAUUUACAGACAGAUAAAUGUCCUAAUAUGUGGUGCCGCAUCAAUAUUUAUCUGCAGAGUCAUUUGUCUGUGUGCAUGACGCCGACUGCCCCUGAACUCACCCCCAGAGUCACAUUACUCAUGUGCGCUUGUUUACAGGAUCCAUGUGCGCAACACUGAGGCGCUGCUUUAAACGCUCGUGUGUCUGAUCCACGAUACUGACGAUAAAUAAAAGUGAACUUCCGCCCAGUUUAGACCAGAAACGAAACUACUGCUUGUUUUUAUCAAACUUAUUAGUGCAGACUUGUGAUCUGAGAGGUGCCUGUGUGAGCAGUGAGUAAUGCAAAUGUGUCUGUUUUGAACCUACUUUUGGUUCUUUCUCAUUGGUUAGAGCUUAGCUGUUGUAAAUUACCACACAACAGCCUGUUUCCUGUUACACUGGCCUAGUGUAAAGUGACUAUAGUGUCUGUAAACAUGUUACUGGACCUGCAUUGAUAUGUAAAUGAGCUGUGGCUAGAGGUGUGAAUGAUUGGCAUUUACAUAUAAUUUAUUACCGCAGCUUUCACACAUUUACCGCUAAAGGGUAAUGGCGGUAGUUUACUUAAUUUCUUUACUCUCUAGAAUGUCAUGCAAAAAUGCCUUUAGGCCGACCUACUGUCUUUAAAUAUGACUGUAAAGAGGCAGAAUAAAAAUAAAUGUCACCUAAACAAAUCCAAAUUAAAAUCCAGUUGAGCCAGACCUAAGUUUUAUAAUAAACUGAAGAUUUACAGUGAAUUUUUACAUCACUAAAUAUAUAUCAGCUAUCGGCACUUCCAGCUCCACCAAGUGCUCCACUAUGUUUUUAAACUCCAUGCACCUUAAUCAUAAUCAAUCAGAAUUGCCCAUAAAAACGUAAAAGGUAGCUGUUAACUUUAAAACUACCACUUCAUGACAUCACCAGGUAGAACAAAGCAUUUUGAGAUUGCAGAUGUAGACAGACUAAUAAUGCAGGGUUACUCAAAUAUGUCUGAAUGAAACAAAAUAAAACUCCAGCUCUAUUUUUGGUGAAGUAACAACAUUAUAACAUGGAUUAAAGCUCACGAGAGUCCAUUUUGUCCCUUUAAUAGUAGUGAUUUCAUGCGAGGUCUGAAUGCAGUUAUUAUAAUCGUCUUACUGUCUAUCUUUAUUAUUUACUGUCAUAUUUUUUCUCAGACACCUCAGAGAAAACGCAUCUCGAUUGUAACUGACCAUUUCCGCACUUUGCACAUCCCUCCACCUUUCACCAUUUUGACAUUGGAGAAAAAAAAUCGACUUUUGGUAUUCUGCAAUUUUCUAAAUAUUCACACUUCAUUCAGUUUUUCUACCACUUUUCUACAUCUAUUUCUAACACUCAUUCACUUUAGGGGUUGUUUAGUGUCAUAAGAAUUCUGCAUGUGGAUGAAAAACAAAUUUGUUAAAAAAAAAACAAAAAAAACAAAACAAAAAAAGACAUAUGCUGUACAUUAUAAUUCUAAGUUUUAUUUGAGAAGUUGAAUUAUUAAAAUAUUGUUUGGGUUUUGUGUCAAAUAUAAGCCAAAUAUCACAGAGGAGAGUACUACUUUCUUACUUACUUACUACUAUUUACUUUGUGGAAUUGUGCACUCUAAAAACAAUAUGAGAAAAACAAGUAGAUAAACUUAAAAUUGUUGCUUUGAAUGAACAAAUAUUAUAUUGGAAGCUAAUUUUACAAUAUCAAUUUCAAGGAGCUUUACCUGAUUUUUAAAAACGUGAAAUGCUAAAUUAUUUCAUUAUAAAAGGUUUGCAGUGGUCUAAAGUUAUCCCACCUUCACUUACCGUCUCAGUCGAAGUCUCAGAGACCAGAGCGUAGAUUUGUCUUAACAGUAAUUCUAACAACUAGCAUGCUAACAGCCCACUUCCUGGUUCUCGGACAAUAAAAAGCUGAUUACUGGGGCAGACAAGACAAUUUUGCUCGAAUACAUGGGGGGAAAAAAUCAGGUACAGGGCCUUUAAAGUACCGUAAUUUCCAGACUAUUGAGCGCACCUGAAUAUAAGCCGCAUCAACUACAUUUUAAAAGAAGAAAAAAAAGAAUAUAUGUAGGCCGCACGUGUCUAUAAGCCGCUGGUGUCCAAGUCUUCAAGAAGGUUUUCAAGUUCUGCUUUUGUCGCCUCUGAAAGCUUUUGUCGUCUUUUUGCGUUGAGUUAGUUCGUCACGCUGCCAUCGCCAAAAUCCCACCAUCGACUCAUUAAUGUCGAGCUCACGGGCAGCAGCUCAAUUUCCUUCUUCCACAGCCACAUCAAUCGCCGUUAACUUAAAAUAUGCGUCAUCUGUAUUUCUUCGUGUGUUUUCCAUAAGGACGGUGCGUAUAUGAAGCGUAAAAUAACUGUUCAAAACACAAUUAAACUGACAUCUUCCUCGGCUCAUCAUCUCUUCCACCUGUCUGUCUCGCUCUUGCACCCCGUCACUUUGAGCUCUACUGCGCACGUCUCCUGCAGAAAGAGCCUCUGUCCUGUCUCGUACAUAGACUGUAGUCUAUGGUCUGGUGUCAUGUCAGAGUCUUGUAGGAUUUCAGCAGAUUUCAGGGCAGGGAUAGGUGUAUCGAUCAGGUAUGAGUGGAUGUCCGGCUACUGAAGUUUGAGAUGUCUAUUCUCAUUAUUGACGCACUCACCUGCAUUUAACACAUACGGGUCAUUAAGAUGUAUCCCCCUCACUAAUGUUCAUUUAGCAUCAUAACUUAUUUUAUCGCACGGUGAUAAACUGUUUUAGUGCUGACAACAGCGUUUGCUAGUGCUGCAGUUUCAUGUGAACUGCACAGACAGCGGCAUUUUCUGCACUGAGGCCGCACGCAUCCACUGUGCUGAUAAACCAAUAAUCCAUCCAUAUAAUCGCCGCAUCGUUGUAUAAGACGCAGGGCUCAAAGUGUGAGAAAAAAGUAGCGGCUUAUAGUCCGGAAAUUACGGUAAAUUUCUAUUUUAUCUUUUUGAGUGCACUGGCCCCUUACCAAAUUGAAUCAAUAAAUAAGCUUCCGUUUAUGUUUUUUUCUUACAAUUGUGUUCAAAAUCGUGCCAGAAAUUGACAAAAAUAUAACUUUUUCCAACUAGCCAUAAUGUUUUUGUAUCUUGCCAUGAAAACAAAAAAAACUCAACAGAAUUCUUACCUUGAUUCUUACAAUGUUUACAGACUAAUAUCUAAGGCCAUCACAGUUAAGCUGAAAUUCGUUAAAUUGAAAAUUAAAAAGUAGUAAUUAAAAUUUAAAACUGAUACUUUGCAGUAACAUCACUCUGGCGAGGUUCUGUAUGUAUGUUUAUGGGGAAUUCUUCAUCAGUUACCACGGUGACACAAUGCACACAUUAGGAAGUUACUGACAAAAAGUUUUAACUAGCUUGUGACUGUAAUGUUACUUGAGAAGAACUAAGUUAACACAAAAUCAGCUCAAAAAAAUAAAUAAAUAAAAACAGAUUAAAGUCUAACUUGAGUACCAGAGCUUGAGACAGAGCAGUGCCUACAGUUAGCAUCACACCCCUCGGGAAUGUUGAUCACCUCAGCUGCACAGUGUCAACUAUUAUCAAUCAAGCCAAAACAAUUAAAAAUAUCAUAAAUUUGAGUGAUUAUUUGAGUUCUUGUCAGUUAUUGUACCUUUAAAUCUCCAAAGCCGUCAUAUAUCCUACGUUCUUGUAUUUUUGUUUCAUUUUCACGGACACAAGCCAAAGUUUUCCGAAUGUUUUCAACUCUGUGAAUGGUGACUUCUCGCUUCUGCCGUCUGCUGACCUUUCACUGCACAAUUUUGAUUUCGUUUCAGUAUUUUGGGUCGAUUUUUGUUGAAAAUGCUGAUUGAUUUUUGUGUAUUUUCUUGAGUUUAGUGCCAAGUUUAAUACUGUUUAUUCUGAUUAUCGUGAAUGGUUUUCUUUGUUCAUGUGAUCUAUGCAAAUGUGCUAUGUCCACCGUUAUGAAGGGAUGAGACGAUGGAAAGAAAUGGGUCUGGAAAAAAUAUAUGAAUUGUAAUCGAAAUUCUGUCAUUUUGCUCCUGAGUGGUCAGUUUGGGUUUUUAAAGGGUCGAUAUUACAAUAUUUUCUGAGCUGUUAUAAUGUCGUUUCCUCAUCACAAACAUACAUAGAGUUGUGUUUUGUGUCAUUUACACAUGUUUAACACACAAACUGAGUUGCUGAUUUCCUGUUCCACCUUGUGAUGUCAUGCGGUAAUACAGGAAGCGCUCCACUCUGUUUUUAAACUCCGUACACCUUCACUAGGACUGGAUAUCAAUGAGAAGUCGCCGAUACGAUACAUACCUCGAUACAAAGGCCACGAUGCGAUACAUCUCGAUACAAUACACUUUCAUUUCCAUAAGAUAUAUUUCAAAUCAAUUCAGUAUGGUUAAAUAAAAAAAAAAGGCUAAAUCAUGGAUGUGAUACUAAAAGUCGCAUUUUAAUCAACAAAAAUUGUGAAAAUGUCAAAUGUGUUUACUUCCUCUAACCAAACAACAAAACUGUAGUGCUAUAACAAAAUAAUUUAGUAAAAUAUACCCAAAAAUACUCAAUACAUCGAUACAGCAGUCCCCUGAUAUCGAUACUGUAUCAUCACUUAAAACCAGGGGUCUCCAACCUUUUUCCUCAGGUGAGCUACUUUUACAAAACAAAAAUGGCAGAGAGCUACUAAUGUUUAGUGGUUCCAAGAAACUGAGAAAGUAGAAGAGCCAUGGCAGGCCUACAGUGUUUCCCGCAGAAAAUUGGUUAAGGCGAGGGGCAGUUGUUGUCAAGGGAAACACUGCCUUUAUCCAUUUAUUAGUGCACAAGUUCGGAAUCAAAAUGAUAAAUUUGCAGUGGUAAAUAAUCAGAUUUUAAUUAUUAAACAUGAUACAUAUUAUUCAGAAAUCCAUUGGCGAGCUGCUUGGAAGGGGGUGCAGAGCUACAGGUUGGAGAUCCCUGCUUUUCAGUAUUUUUCGGUAUUUUUGCACACACAUAAUCUUCACUAGAAUCAUUUGGAUCAUUUCAGCCUUGGAAUUGCCCAUUUCUACUAAACAAAAGGUACUGUUAACUUGAAAACUACUACUGCAUGACAUCACAAGGCGGAACAGAGCAUUUUGAGGUUUGGCGACUCAAACAUGCGAACGUAACCAAACUCCAGGUAUAUUUUUGAUGAGGUACUAACAUUAUAACCUGGUUUAAAGCUCACAAGAGUCAGUUUUGGUUAAUAUAAAUCCUUUAAUGGAAAGACCUACAGCCAGUCCACGUGUCUCCAUGGAGAUGUUGUUGCUUUGCCUGUAAUGUUCCACAGAAGGUCAUGAAACAUAUCGCGUGAAGAAUUCAAGACGGUGACUCCAUCAGGCCUGGUUACGGGUCAGUAUUUUGGGGCAAUAACAUCACCUGCAAAUGAAUGAAUGCAACGUGGCUCAUUUAAUACAAUACUGCGGAACAUUCCAGGCAAAGCUAUGGCGGACCCUCCAUCAGAAAAGUUAAAAUGGCGUUGAUACGACCACAUCAGAUUGUCAUAUCACCUUUUACUCUUUGCAUAAGGAGAAAAACUGCUCAUGUCACAAAAGUUCAAAUCCAUGUACCUACGUUGACUCUUUUUCUAGAACAUUGUCCUGUCCCUUUUUCAUUGUAAAGUUGAACACGUGUCUGCCAUUUUCUGUACAUAGACUGUACAAACACGGGGUCUUCGAUCAGAGGAACAAAUGUAUGAAACAAAACCAACAAAAUGAUUUAAAAAUGUAACCUUGAAUGUUAGAAAUAUUUUUAUAUGUUUUGGAUCAACAGGAAAAAGACAAAAUCCUCCAGCUUCUGUACAAACACUACAAAGGGAAUGUUUUUAGUAAUUUAUAAAAUCUUUGCCAGGCAAGAAA